UGUCAUGUCUAGGUAGCAUUGAGUUCAAUGCCCUGCUAUUAGUGGCUAUUAGUACAGGUUCACAGCUGCUAGUCUAGAUUUAGACUCUCAUAGGAGUUUUUCAUGAAAAGCAGUGUGCAAGACUCAAGUGAACUUCAAGCAUCAAAAAGUUCUCAUGAAGAGUAGCCUAUUAGCGUUGUGCUGUUAUAUUUCUGGAUAAUUAUUCAUGAAAGUCAUCAUUUUAAUAUUAUUUUUGAUUGAGGUGAUGCUUUAUACACUGUUGGUUGUUUAAUCUACAACCGUGUACUGUAUAAUACAAGUUGAUCACAUGCUUUGUAAGCAAAUACAUUUUCCAAAAAUGCUCCUAGCAACUGUGUCUGUUAACAGAGACAAAAAUGCAGGGUUUGCCUCUGAAAUGUAGCACAGUAGUAGCAUAAAGUAGUUGGCUAUAAAAAUGCAGAUACUCAAGUUAAGCCCAAGUGUUUCAAAAAAGUACACAAGUAAGCUUUGCAUAAUUAGCUUCUCUGAAUUUCCGAGAGGAACCUUGUAUUUUGAAAACAAACCACAAAAAAAUCUGAAUGUGCUUCCCCAUGCCUCUCCCUCUCUGCGACUUCUUGUAUAACGUGUUUGUCAUCAGUCUAUAUUUGGAAAGUUCCACUCUGCGUCAUCGGACAAAAGGCCUUAUAAAAAUCCACUCCGCCUGCUGCAGAUGGCACUUUGUUCAGGUAUCAGUAUCAGGUCACCGUCAUGGACCUGUCAGCAUUUAGCAAGGAGAACUAUGAGCGGAUCAAGGCAGUGGAGAGUUCGUUUGGCGCAUCGGGGAGUCCUCUGUCCAAACCAGGUCGGAUUUUGAUAGGACGGGGCCGUCUGAUGAAGCGGGGCCGUCGGAAGCCACAGCCGAAGGCUUUCUUCCUCUUCAACGAUUUGCUGGUGUACGGCAGCAUCAUUGUGAACGGCCGCUGGCACAAAAAAAUGAAGAUCAUCCCUUUAGAGGACAUCCAGAUGGAGGACAUGGAGGACGGUAUGGAAAUGAAGAACCAAUGGCUGAUCCGUACACCAUGCAAGUCCUUCUUCGUGUCUGCCGCCACAGUGGAGGAGAAGCAGGCCUGGAUUGAGCACAUCAAAGACAGCCGGUUGAGCCUGCUGCAGGGCGGCAGCCUCCGACCUAGCUCCAGCUUUGCUGUGACCUGGAUCCCAGACCAAGCCGCCCAUAAGUGCAUGCGCUGCUUCAAAAACUUCACGCCCACCAAACGUCGACACCACUGCCGAAAAUGUGGCUUUUUGGUGUGCCGUUCAUGCUCCAAACACAGAGCGGUGAUUGAGCACAUCCAUCCAACUAAGAAACUGAGGGUCUGCCGAAUCUGCAACACUAACAACAAGAUGGAUGAAACGUCUCGUCUGAGGGGAGACAGCACUGGACUGGAAAGCUUAGAGGAUGAACGUGUGGCAGCGUCGAGCGAAGAGGAGGAAGCAGAGGGGAUAAUUGAAGAUUUCCACCGAAGCAACUGGCUGGACUCUCGCACAGGCACAUGGGGAAACGAGCACAUCUAUGAUUACCCAAGACCAAUGCACCUGCAACCAUAGAGAAACAUGAUCACAUCAAGACUGCUGUACAGUACAACCGCUCCUCCACAUGUGACCUUUCUCCCCUUUUUUAUCUCCACCAGCGUAUUAUAUGGACAUAGAUCUGGUGUUUUUUUUUUGUUGUUGUUGUAGUUUACUUAAUGUUAACUAUGAGUCAUUAAACCACAGUUGAUUGCUAUUAUGUUGUUAACAAAGAGUGUUGGAAAUCACAACACAAAGCUGAUCCAGUUAAAUGCAAUGAGCAUGUUGGUAGUCUAGCGUGAACUGCUGUCAUAACUGUUCUUUGUACACUGUGCACUUGGCAACAGAGUGAGUGUGUGUUGUUUUCACAUGAGAAAUAUUUGUACUUUAUAUCUGUUAUGUACAUUUUGCUUGGAAAUGAUAAAUGAACAGUAAAGCAUUUG